UUCGUGCACAUGCGCACCUUGGACCCCUAGAGGCGCAUCGGCAAUCGAAAUCUCUCCGUGAACUUCCUGGCUAUGCUCUUCAUAAAAUUGAUUAGAAGUCCUCGUCAAAUUAUGAAACCUUAUCGGUAGUUGAGCAUGCAUUACUUCAUUCAAACCUCGCUUUAACGGCGCGGUAAACAUGAGCACCGAGGCUGGCCAGCAGAUUCCGGGCCGCAGGGCCCUGAUGCCCGGCUGGAUGAAAAGCCACAUGGACAGACUGAACACGGUGGCUAAUCUGGAUGACAUGUGCAGCUCCCCUCCCGAGACCGAGUCGGGCUUUCUCCGCGACAUGCCACUUUCCCGCUUAACUACUACACCCGCUUCACACACCCCUGCUGGGGCACCAACCAUCCGGGUGAGUGGUGUUAGCAAGUGCGAGUUGCCUCGACUGGCCUCCGAGGAUGCCUUGCGGCACCAAGUGCUGAGCCACCAUGGAUCAAGCCUACAGAGCCUGGGGCGCGACAGCGGUUCGGGCAGUGAAUCUGCCCACACAACGCCCUCUGCCACGCCACAAAGCUCUCCAUCGCUGGUGCGGCGCGUGGUGGCAGCAGACUUGACGGCAGUGGGUUUUCCCAUGGUGGAUGGUAGUCGGCUGAAACCCAAGAAAAAGCCACCAACGCGCUUUGCUGUCACCAACUUCGACCUUAAUGCAGUUAGCCCUAACUCAUGGUGAGGGUGUGCAGUUGCCAGAGUAUGAAUCCAGCCAGGAUGGUACAAGAAUGAAAAGGAUAAGUGCAGCUCGAAUGACUUGGACCAACUUGACCAGAGCACAUUUGUGCACUGCUUUAGUUGUCCUUAGCAUGACAAAUAUUGUUUUGAUCAUUUGCUCUAAGUUGCAAGUGUUUAACAAACCCACAUUGAACUUUGUGUCUGAUACCUCAACUGUCAAUUUAAAUAGCAAAAAAUAGACUACCUUUCAGUUUUCACCUGAAUUGAUGUGACGUUUUCUGCCUUGUAUGUAUCUCUUGACGUCUGGCCUUGUGCCCAGUACAUUAUGGCUAGGUUUUAUUUUCUUUUCAUUCAUGUACCAUUACCUGCUGCCUGGAGGAUGUGGCCUGCCUCGGUCCAAGCAGUGGGUGACAGCACUGAACUGUCCCUUGUUGGAUACCCGCUGCUCGUGUUCUUUUAAUUUUUUUCUUACAUCAACUUUCCUCUGCUUUUGUACUUUCCAACUCACUCUGGUGCCUACUAUAGCAACUGUUCACUUGUCUUGCCUGCUGGCCCUAGCACCUUGCAAGUUAUCUGUUCUGCUUCUUUUUGUAGACUAUGCUGCUUUUCAGAAAUUGCUUCAUUUCUUUGGUUUUCUUUUUGUGUGUGAAUAAACGGUUCACUCACUCCA